AUGAAUAGUCUGUCGACUAGUGAAAAAGCAUUUAGACUUUUGAAUGGUAUUGUGUGUUUGUAUAAACCGGCUGGAGUACACCUAAGUGGUUGUCGUCAUUCAUUACUGUUAAAGUUAACACAAGAGUUGAAUUUAUGCGGUGUUAGAUCUCCAGAAAAUCGUGUGGUCAUUUCCGGUGACACAACAAAAGAACUGAAUGUAAAAGUAGAGUCCAGUUAUGCAGACAAUGUACUUGUCGUUGGUCCCAGGUACCAAACCCAAGACAUUAAGUGUAUUUGGACCACUCAUUUGGGAAAGCGUGUAUCAGGCGUUUGUGUGAUUGGACUAAAUAAGGGUACCAAAAUGGCAAGAAAUCUUCAAAACAACUAUCCAUUGAGAACAUAUCAUUUACAUGGGCAAUUGGGAAUUAUGACCAAGAAUAUGUACAUUGAUGGCCAAGUUGUUGAGAAGGGACGUUUUGAUUUUGUUAAACGUGAAAAUGUUGAUAAACUUAUGUCUACAAUACAGGCAUCAAAUCAAAAAAAGAUGUUUGAGCUUGCCAAUGUAGACACUCAAACUCAAACAGCGUAUGAUUUGGCUACAAAAGGGUUGAUUCGACCAGCAUCUACCAAAAAUCCUUUAAUUUAUGGAAUUAAAUGCAUAAGUCUAGAUUUACCGAAUUUCAUUAUUGAAGUUAAUGUUAUUAAUGAAUAUGAGAGUUAUUUACUAUCAUUAGUCCAUGAAAUAGGACUUAAGUUAAGAUGUUCAGCAACAUGUACUGCUAUACGCUGUAUAAGAUAUUCGUCAUUUACCAUUCAACAAGCACUCCUAAUGAAACAUUGGAAUCUCCAAUAUGUGUUAGAAAAUAUGAGAGAAUGUAAUUCUUCUUACAAACAAAUGAGUCAAUUACCUUCAUUUAUUACUGAACAAUCUUAUUUUGAAUCUAAUCAAAAACUGACUGGCAUACAAUAA